AUGGAGGACCCAUUUUCUAAAAUAAUUCGUAUGCUAGUGGAUAAAAAAGGCGAUAAAGGAAUCCCACUGGAUCAGGGUGAUUUCUUGGUUCAUUUUAUGGAUAUUGCACGUGAUGAACUUGAUAAAACUCCAAAUGAGAUCUCUAUUGAGAAGCUUCAGGACACAUGUUCUUUGUUAAAUAGAUUAAGCAUUCUGAAAGAUCUUCAAAAAGGUGGUGAGACAGUUUCCGAGCCUGAUGUUGUAGAAGAGCUAGUAGACGUUUAUAUUAUAGAGGGUGUAUAAAGUGUAAUUUUUAUUAGUAUAUAUUUUGUAAUUGUGUGUUAUUAUAAUCAAUAUACAAUUACCAAGUUUGAUUUGGUAUCACAGCCAA